AUGGACAAAUCCGCUGCUACUCUAGCACUAGAUACAGAAAUGACAUACAGGCCACCACAGACUUCUGGUGCAAACUUGGUCGAUUCCAUAAAAAUGAAAGGAAUUGAAGAUUACACUGUAAUUGACGCUUUUGUGGUCGAUGGACUACUCAACCAAAGAAUCCAAUUGAGCGUUCCGUUGGACUAUUCUUCGGCGAAACUGCUGGCCAUCAAAAUCGUUGCUAAUGUCACACAAAAAUAUGACAAGAAGCUUCACACCAGCAUUGAUACGGAGGUGACGUUCCCUGCGGAACCUAAGCCUAUUGCGUAUUGUCAAGGUGGACCUGGAUUUCCUUGUGCGGUGCCAUUGAGCUGCUCUAGCAUUACAGGAUAUCUCGUAGAAAAAGGGUAUCAGAUUAUUUACUAUGAUCAGAGAGGAACUGGGCUUAGUUCGCCUUUAGAAGUAGACACUUUGCUUGCCGCUGCUCUGGAUGCAACGAGCGAGGAAGCCAAGAACGCCAAAAUGUUCGAGUACAUUCUUCAUUUCAGAGCAGAUAGUAUCGUUCGUGAUAUGGAGGUUUUACGCCGGGCGCUUUUGAAGGAGAAGAAAUGGCUGUUGUUGGGCCAAUCAUAUGGCGGCUUCUGUGCCUUUACUUACUUAUCCAUGUACCAUGAGUCCUUGGAAGCGGUGCUCAUCACCGGUGGUGUGCCGCCGAUCGUCCAAAGUGCUGAUAGAGUGUACGAACAAACGUACAAACGUACCAAGGAGCGCAAUGUUCACUACUACCGCAAGUAUCCGCAAGACGUCAAUCGUGUGAAAAAAAUUAUUGAAUAUCUCUCCUCAAACACUGUGCACUUGCCAGCUGGUGGAGUGUUGUCACCUGAAAGAUUCCAGCAGUUGGGAAUUCGUUUCGGAGCCACUGGUGGCACCGAUGCUAUUCACCAGCUUGUGGUGGAGUUUUCCGAAGCUCUUGAGACCAUCGGGAAACCAACGUACUCUGUUUUACAUAAAGUCGAGGCAGAACACAAUUUCGAUACAAAUAUCCUCUACGCGUUGUUUCAGGAGGCAAUCUACUGCAAUGGCCCUACACAAGGCGCUACGCGCUGGGCCGCCGAUCGACUCAGAUACUCCGUUGGCAACGAGAAUUUCGUUGUAACGCCAAGCUUGCUUAGGGGUUCCGAGCCAGUUUUCUUUACGGGAGAGAUGGUUUAUAAACUGAUGUUCGACGAUUACACCGAGCUACGCAAGAUUAAGCAAUUGGGGUAUGAUUUACACACUUUUGAACUGUGGUCGGAACUAUACGAUACGGAAAAGCUUUCUCGUAUUACUUUUGAUGAGGUCCCUAUCGUGGCAGCUACUUACUAUUAUGACCAGUACGUGGAUUUCGAAUUGACUAUGGAGACAAAGAAAGUGUUCCAAGAGAAUGGUAAUUUGAGGCAGUACAUAAGCAGCGACCACUUCCAUAGUGGAUUGAGGGCUGAUACUUCCAGAGUGCUUGGCGCGUUGUUUAAGCUUUUGGAUUCAGAAAUAGAUUAG